CUUAAUAUCCAGCUAUUGUUCAACAGUUUUUCUUCUGUUUCUUUCCCUAAACAGCCCAGACCCGUGUACUGCAGGAUCAAUCCAACGGUUCCUGUCCUGGACCGUUAUUUUAAUGGCCAGGACACCAAAAUUGAUUUCAGAUUGGGCAGGGAGGCCCUGGCAGUGCUGCUGGACCUUCUCGGCCAGGAGCGGAGCCAUGGAUGGGGUGCCACCAUUGAGACCCUGGUGUUUCUAUUCUGGCUGGCUAGUGGGACAUCAUACAGGGUGGUCUCCAGAGUGUUCGGGAUGCCUCGUUCCACUGUCCACCGCAUCGUCCACAGGGUCACUGAGGAGGUUGUGGCCAUUCGCCACAAAGUCAUCCACCUCCCGAAGACCCCUGAAGACCUGGCGGCAGUGACCAUUGGGUUUGCAGGGCUGGCAAGACACCGCGCUUUUGGGAAAGCAGCGGGAGCAAUCGACGGCUGCCAUGUCCGUAUCAAGCCACCGAGCGGCCCUGAUGGUCACUGCUACAGGAACAGGAAACUGUUUUCCUCCAUAAUUCUGCAGGCUGUUUGUGACCAUCAGGGCCGCUUCAUUGAUACGUACAUGGGCUGGCCUGGGUCAGUCCAUGACUCCAGAGUCCUCCGCCACAGCCCACUGUAUAGGUCACUCUACCCUCCUCCAGGGCACUUCAUCCUUGCAGACGGCGGGUACCCUUGCCUCCAACACCCACUACCCCUCAUCACUCCCUACAAGAGGCCAGUGCGAGGUGUGGGAGCCCAGCGCUUCAACUGGCAUCAUUCCAGGGCACGCUCCAUUAUAGAGCGUGCUUUUGGAAUGAUGAAGACCAGGUUCAGGGCCAUCUUCCUGCAAGCGCUGGAGGUGCACCACACCUUCGUACCUCACUGACAUGGCAGCCGUCGAUUGAGUCAGCCCUGCAAACCCAUUCGGUGCGGUGGACAGUGGAGAAAGGCAUAUCCAGCAAGCUGGAGACCACCCCUGGAUGUCCCACUGACAGGAGACACCAGGGUCUUUAAUGUGGCAGCCCAUCCAGAUCCAGCAGCACCACCAGGGGCUCCCUGCUCUGCUGCAUCAUUAUGUUUUU